AAAAAAGAAAAAAAGAAAAGAAAACAGGAAGACGUGCGAACCGAAGUCCCCCUCUCUUUUAUUGAUACGUACAUAAAUAUAUAUUAUACUAAAAUACUUAAUAUAUAUAUGUGCGUGUAUAUACAUUUAUAUUCAUCUCUUAAAGAAAAUAUCUCGCUAGAUUACUAACCAGUUUUCUGUAGCGAGCUCCUGUUUCAUACUAAAAAGCCAAGGAGAGAAGCUAACAUCCAAACCCUCUCUGCACACCAAUCAUUGCAUAAAAUCAAGCUGAAUGUUCGAGUAUGUUCGCAUGAAAGACGUUGUCAAUCCUCUAAUUUGAUGAACACAAUCGACGUCUAAGUUUACAGCAUCUAUCUGACCCAGCAAUACUGCAGGGUUAGCUGCUGUCCAGCCAUUUUGUGAUAUAUUGACACCUGAAUGUGGAGACUUCAGUUGCUUGCUUGCAGAAAUUUGAAGCAACCGUGACAAGGGUUUCCUGUAUAUUGUUGACAAUGCUUAAACUCAUUUGGCCAGUGGGUUACUAUAUACACAUACCAGGGCAGAACCUGUGAUGUUCAUAACUCCUUUGUACCUGGAUUCCUUGUGUAUUACAUAACUGCCGUAUAAGACCGAGGAGGAGGGUGUUAAUGCCUGUAUGGAUAGGGUGCGGAAGCUGUUAAGCCCUGGAACCAAGAAGAAAACUGUUCCUCAAAACAGCAACAAGACCUUCGGAGUUCCUCUUGAAGAACUUGUUCGCCAGGCACCUGAUGGGCUUAAAAUUCCCCUCAUUGUAAAGAAGAUAUGUGAACAUAUUGAAAACCAUGGUUAUGAUCAAGAGGGUAUAUUCCGAGUUAAUGGGAGUACUCGUAUCAUUGACAAACUCCGAACAUCCUUUGAUCAGACGGGAGAUGCUGAUUUUACUGAAGAUGGGGAUGUAAUGGCUGUUGCUGGUCUUCUCAAGCUGUUCCUUCGGGAGUUGCCUGAUUCUGUGAUUCCGGAGCACAUGACAAAACAAUUUGUAAACAUACAUGAAAGUCUAAACUCCAAUCCAGAAGACUAUGUUGCUAAAGUCCGGGAGGAAUUCAAUGAGUUACCUGAGGAACAUUAUGAUCUGCUGAAAUAUCUGUUGAACUUCUUAGUAGAUGUAUCACAGCAUGAAGAAGAAAAUAAAAUGGGGCCUAUGGUCCUUGCCAUUGUUUUUGGCCCAAAUGUCUUUAGGUGUGGUUCAGACUUCUCUGGCCUCAAAGAUCAAUCAACAACUAACAACAUUGUCUAUAAAUUCAUUAUACAUUAUCAUGAUCUCUUCGCUGAUGAAAACCAUGCAUCAUCAAAAUGCUCUGAGUGCAACAACAGAACCAAAAAUACCGGCUCUACCGCUCGCCCAAUGUCUCAAAAAGAAGACCGAAAGUCUGUCACCUUGCCAAGAAAGAACAAACAGCAAUGUGACUGUGAGAAUACAUUACACGCUGAUCAGAGUAACAUAAAAGAUUCACCCCAACCGAGUUGCAGUAACAUCAGUAACAAUGCUACUUCUCAGCUGACCACGUCAAUGACACAGACAUCUUCAGUUCUUUUACCUGGACCCACUUCCCACCACCAAUCAUGUCAUAGUCAAAAUUUGGCCUUGUCAUUCUACAAUCCUCGUCUUAGUGAUGAAGACCUUUCUGGACGGAUGUCUCCAUUUACUGUUGAGAGUGAUAGUGGUCACAGCAUGAUUGAGUCACCUGUGGUAUCAGUGGUUGCAUCUAGCAUUGUGGAGAAAACUAUCAGAGAAGCUAUUGUAGAACAUGUUUUUGGAGGUUAUCAGACUGGAGAUAUGAAGCAAGAGAGAAAUUCAAACUCAAGCAGCAGUGGAAGAGUUCUUGAUGUGAAGAAAACUGACAGAAAGAGUCCUGACCAUGCUUUCGAUUUAAACAAGUCAUCAGUUAUUGAUCCAAAGCGCCAGAAAACCAAAUGCACCAGAACAGCAAAUGAAAUCAGUGGUUCCAGUAUUGGAAUACAGGGAGAAGAUAUUGUGAGCCCUAAAAGUAGACGACCUCUACAGCAUUCAACUGUGGCUAACCAAAUGAAAAACAUAAAUGAAACUCAACAACCACAUUACAGUCCUCGGCAUGGAACUAUCGAAUGUUGGGCUGAUCCUGACUCUGAUGCAAUUUGUCACAAGUUUGAGUCCUCAAAUAUGGAUAAUAUCUUGCUGCCUCAGUCUGGUUUACUCAAACAUCCAUUGUCUGUUGACCAUCAUACUCAUAAGUCAUCAACUUCUAGUCCUUCAAGUAGCACACGGUGUCAGAAUCAGAACAAACCUUAUUUUAAGCUGGACUGUAGCAAAUCUUCUUCAACAAUGCCUGAGCACACAUCCUACAUACGGGGAUCUGUCCGUACACACAUGGGCACCUCGACGGCAGAUAACAAUUGCAAUGCUGUACAAUUUAACCCAAAGCACCCUCAUCUUGUGGAAAUGGUAUCAGCGAACACUGCAGAUGUUUCCAGUACAUCCUCAUCAUCUUGUGAAGAGGAUGAGAACACAGACAGUGCUGCUAAACACCCUAAAUCGCGUAUCGGUUUCUUAGAUAUGCAUCUAACUAGCAGUCAGUCCCGGGAUGAAGAAAACGACGACAUGUGCGAGCGUGAUGAGAAAUAUUCUCCUUGUUAUUCUCCUAACAACAAUCGUAAAACAAUGGUUCCACCACUGGAUUUGUCCAUUUUACACGAGCAUAUGGACAGCACUGAUCCGAUUCCUUCAAAGAAAGUGCAAACUGUAUCUUAUCAACGUGUGAAGAAACAUCUAAGCAGUGAUGAAGAUGAUGAUGAUGAUGACGAUGAUCCUGUUGUUGUCUUGUCUCCAAGAGCCAACAAAUUCAAGAAAAAACCAAUCUGGACUACUGGUAAUGAUGAGGCUCCCCUAUCACCAAGUACUCAACGUCCAGGGUUCUGGCACAGCGUCUCCUCAAACACAGACAUUCCACCUUCACCUCCUGUGGAGCAAGAGCAGUACCGAAAUGUGGCAGUUGAAGAUGAAUACACUACAAGAUUAAAGCAAUUGACUAAGAAGAUUCAGUCUCUGAGGAAAAAGAUAAAGUUAUUUGAAGAAAACUUUGAGCGAGAGCAUGGAUACCGACCAUCACAGAGUGAUAAAACUGCUAAAGCUGAAAUCAAGAAAUACAUGGCAGAUUUGGCUAAAGCAAGAAAGGAAAUCAAAAAACUGAAAGAAGAAGCUGAAAUGAGUAGUCGCAGUCGGCAUGGAAGUGGAGCAUCAUCUGGCGGUUCUGAAUCUCCAACUACUGUUCCAACAAUGGAACAGACUCUUGAGUCCAUUAUCAAGAAACUGAAAGAAAAACGUAGAGAUGCCAGACGCCCUGAAGAACUGGAGUUGAUGAGUAGAGAUGAAAUCCAAGAAGAAAAGCUAGCUAUUCAGAAAUCACUCCUUCACUUUGAGGGCAUCCAUGGCCGACCAUCAUCCAAAAUAUCAAAAGAUUUGAUGCGACCACUGUACAAUCAUUAUCGUUUGGUUAAACGAAUGCUUGCAAAACCUGCUUCGCCAAGAGAUACAACUGAACUUCAAACAGUCCCAGAAGAUCAGCCAUUUGAACUCACUGCUGGAGUUUCAACAUCAGCUCGACCACUUUGGAAGAAAACAGUUCAUGUGCCUACAGCUGAAAUGGAAGAUGAUGAAAAUUUUGAUACAGUUGCAGAUUUUUCUGUGACCAGAGAUCUAGUUUUAACAAGAGAUACAAUAAAGGUUUCAUCAGCAGCAACCUCUGCCGGAAGUGGAUCUCCCAAAUCUCGCCUAAUGAGCACCGGAGAAAGCUCAAUUAACCAAGAAGCAACACUUCAUGAAAUGACUAUUCCUCAACUACAAGAAGAACUGACGAAGACACGAGUUGAGAAGAGGAAGCUGAGAAAGAUUCUUCGAGAUUUUGAAAAUGAAUUCCUUAGUCAACAUGGACGAAAAGUGCAGAAAGAAGAUAAAAUUCCUUUACAAGAAGAUUACCAAGAAUACAAACAAGUAAAAGCUAGGUUACGUCUACUUGAGGCACUGCUCUCCAAAUACCAGCAACAGAAACUGUAAGCAUGUGGUUGUUAUUUCUGUUGUUGUUAUUGUUAUUGCCAUCACUGUCAACUUGACUCUGAGCUGUAUCGGUGUUUUACUAACAAUUCACAUUGAACCAGUUCCAACAGAAGGAAGGCACUUCUGCACAGUUCCAUAUGAUUUACAACUUAAAGAACUUUGUCUGAAAUAACCUUCAUCCCGUCUGUAUAUUGUUGCUGCCUGCGCAGAUAAUCUGAAGUUCCAUCUUGUUUUAUUGAACUGUCUGCAAACUGAAAACUAUUGCUCACUGAUAUUCCUGCUGUAGCACUUCUACCAAUAUCACUUUUCCCCCCAUCUGGUGAGAUUUUAUACCAAUCAGAGAAGAGAGAAAUGUUGCAAGACAACCAAACUGUUCGUGCUGAUAACACACAAAAUCAAAGUCUAAUUGCUGCCAUUAAACAUCUAUUGUAACUGUUUCAUUACCAAAGACAUUUCUUUUCAUUAAAGACCAACUGUUUAUGCAAACUACUCAAAACAAUCUGCUUAAGAAUUUGUUCUGUUUCUGCCUUGUGCCUCACUGUUUCAGCUUGAGAACCAACCCUUCCCUCAUGUUGUUGUCAUUUUGUUUUUAUUUAUACCCCCUCUUCCUUUCCACCACCUUUCAUAGAGCUGUCACUGUACAAGAUAGUUGCUACUGUUUCUGUUUUUGUUGUUAGUAGCUGACUAUGUAUAAUAGUAAUAAUAAUAGUAGUCAGAGCAUUGUGAAACAAUCAUUUGCAGUUUAGAAUCUUGAUGAUGAUGAUAAAUACACACACAUACACACAAUAACAAACAUACAUACAUACAUAUAUAUAUAUAUGUACACACACACACACACCUGAGCUAUCUUGUUCUUCUUCCAACUUCAGUAUUCCACGGUAAAACUAGGUCUACUGCUAUGAUGGAAUGUAGCAGUUACAUAUUCUACCAUUUUUGAAACGGAACCCUCCACAUCACACAGAAUACCUGAUUUACUCUGUUUUUUAAAAUCAUUUUUUUUUAAAAGUUCCUUCAAAGAAAAUGGUUCUGUUAAAGUAAAAAAUGAUCUCUGAUUGUUUUGGAAAAGAUAUAUUAAAACAUGUUAUUGUAGCUUGAAGCAUAAUUAGUGGUUAUAUAUAUAUAUAUAUAUAUAUACAUACAUACAUACACCUGGACAGACAUCUCUCAAUUAAACUGGAAUCAAAGCUGAAAUCUAUUUCUAUGUUUUUUGGGGAAACUUAACCAACAGCUUAUGCUUACAUUACACACCAGUGCCAUUUCUUUGAUGGUAAUUAUUCAGACUUUGGGAAAAGCUAAACUCUAAAGAGAUUUAAAGAUCUAUUGUUACUGAGUCCAAAUUAUUACUCUGACUUGACUAGCUCCCUUGUUUUGGUGACCAUGCAUUACAAAACAAAAAUAAAAUCAUCUGAUCUGCAUUCAAGACAUUAUUUAUUUUAUUUAUUUACCUCUAUUAAAAAGAAAACAUUUAUUACCAACGAAGUUCUUCUAACUUAGCUUUCUGCUAAUAUGUAUAAAAACAGAAGUUUGCUACCUGUUGCUGGGAGUAAUUCCAGGGAAAUAAAUGUAAACUGCGUCACACAAUCUAAAGCCAUCAUCUUCAUAUUGUUUUGGCUGUCAUUAUCGCAGGAUAUCUUGUCUGUUGGACUUAAUUAGUUCUGUAUACACUCUUCUCUUAAUUAUGAAAGGAUAAAACAUUUUCCUUGGUUUCGAAUGGUUAAGUGUGAGCAGGUAAAAAAAAAAAAAAAAAGAUUAAAAUUCAAAAUAAAAAGAUGGGAAAGGAAAGAAGGAAUGGAAAUAUGUUGUUUUAGUGAAAUGUUAUGAAAAAAAAAACGCCAAAAAGAAAAUACAAAAAUCAAUAAAUAAUAAUUGAGAAUUUUCUGAAACCUCUAACUGGACUUAACAUUCAAUACUGUUGUGAUCAGUUUUGUUAUAGAUAUUUGGUAGAGUUUUGCAGUAAAGUCUGUCCAAAACUGUGAUAACUUUUUCAUUGAAAGCUCUUGCAAUGGAUGUGUUAAUGUUCAGCAGACACCUGUCUGUUUGCUGUUUUGUAAUCUGCUUUGUGAAUUGCUACACUUGACAGCAGUAUAACAGAGAAAGAACGAAUACCAAAGAGGCUGGGAUAAACAUUCCUGUUGGUUUCUGAAGUGAUUUCUUCUGUUUGUUUUAUAUAUAUUUUUUAAUCUGUAGAAAAAAUGUUUUGGAUUAGUAGACAUAAAUUUUUGCUAAUUUCCAAAGUUGGAUGUCUUCAUAUCUUCCUGUGGGUUGUCAAGUAUUUUAACCUGCUAGAAAUAGUUUUACGAAGGUGUGGUAUUGGUUUAUACAACAGUAUGUUACAUUGUCAGCAUGUAGGAAUAUAUGUUUGGUGGAUCACAAGCUCUCAUGCUUCAUGUUUGGAGAACAAAUGUAGCUCUUGACUUAUUGCUAUCAAACUGGAUUAAGAAUUAAAGACAAAGCAGGAAAGUUUAACCAUUUUUUUUAAAAGACUCUAUUGAAUUAUAAAUAGUUAAAAAAGUGAUACAAAAUGUAAAAAUAGAAAAUGCAUAUCUUCUGUUUUCUGCUGUUUUAAUGAUAUUAUUGGAUGUUGUUCCUACAUAAACUUUAAAUUUAAUUCCUAGUUUUUAACAUAAUCAUUUUUGUUGCGAGGUACUUAAAUUUUAGUAAUUUUAACUGCUGGAAUAGAACUGAAAUAUGUAACAUCAUAAUAUAUAUAUUAUAUAUAUAUAUAUAUAUAUAUAUAUAUAUAUAUAAAUAAAAUAAAUAUGUUAUUGUUUCUAGUAUUGAUUUUUUAGAAAAAAUCAUUUCCAUCUUCGCAUAUUUUAGCUUUUAAUUCCGAGAAAAAUGUUCUUCUAAUAUCUUAAGAGUUGAGGCCAAAUAUUUUACACACACAUACACACACACUCUCUCUCUUUCUUAGAUCUUAUUGAAAGAAUAUUAUUCGUUCUCUAAUAGUUUCUGAUCAGCAAGUUAUGCUUGCUAUAACAAGGGUAAGGAUUAGCAUGGCACAAAUUCAUUUUUGGUACCUGUUGUCUGCAAAACUUAUCCUAGUAAAUUGGGAUUGGUUAUGCAAGUGGGUCAGAGAUAAAGUUAAAUUCCCUUUUUGAUCAGUAAUGACAGGUGUGUGUGUAUGAUUAUGUAUUAAACUUGUUAAGAAUUUAGUAUCUGUGUAUUGUGGUUUGCACUUCCUUUAUUCAUAACCAUUUCAAUUUUAAACUAUUUUACCUUUUAUUUUCAUUCAAGUGUAUGUGAAUAAUCACUUGAAUGAUGUUAUAAUAUUAUUUAAUAAGCAAAUAUAUUAGUUUUUCUUUUAAGGCAUGUUAGGGUACUGCCCUAAGGGAUUUUAGAUGAUUUUUUAUUGAUUUCUAUUUAUCAAUUUGCUAAGUCCGAAUUGGUCUAAAGGGCCAUAACUGAAUACCUAAAUGCCACAUUUUAUUCUCUGCAACAAUUCUCUCUCCCUCUCCAGUCAAAUUUCACUCUAUUAGUUAAUCUGAGACUAUGACAGUAGACACUUGCUCAAAGGUAUUGCACAGUGGGAUCAAACCUAAAACCAAAUGAUUGCAAAGCAGACUGCUUAACUGCAGUCUUGCUUGCAUCCAGUGUUCUUUAAAAAAUUAGGUCUUAAGUCUGUUACAAACCCUAUGGGCUCAUUAGGCUAGAGUUUAUCUCAGUUUACAUAGCAUCUAAGGGAGUGAGAGUAUGAUACUGCUACUGAACGGGAUGCCAGCCUGCUGCAGGAUUAACUCCUCUGUCCAGCUGCUGCUGAGAUACAUUUUCAGCUGAGUGAACUGGAGCAACAUGAAAUGAAGUAAUUUUCUCAAGAAUACAGUGUACCACCCAGUCUGGAGAAACGAAACCACAACGUUACUAUCAUGAACCCAACACCCUAACUAAGAACUAAGGCACACCUUCACAUUCUUUAACCCUUUAACAUUUACACUAGCCAUAUCUGACCAAAAUAUUCUACCUCUUUUAUGUUCAAAACCUUUUACACCAACUUUACAAUGUCAUUCUAAAAAUAAACAAUCAUAUCAUCAAAACCUCACAGCUACAAGAUAAUGCAUGAUUUACUCAAAACAAUGUGAAUUACAUUUGACAGAGCAAUCUGAAUGCUAAAGGGUUAAAAUAAUUUUUGUAAAAGAAAUUACCUUGUUCUUAAUAACAAUGGUUCUGUUUAAUUUCAAUAUAUCAGGCAGUUAAUUCUUUAUGAUAACUGUUAUAGUAUCAUUCAUCAGUUGAGAUCUUGUGUGUUUUGUGUGUAUGUAAUCAAUGGCAUUUCACUAGGAGUUUUAGUAGUCACAGCUUUGAAUUAUGUUGGGUAGACGGAUUCAUUUGAUAUUUUCUUUGGGAGGAUCACUGGUUAUUUGUUCUUUUUUUUGAUGGUCAAGGCCAAUUACUGAAAGUUAAUUGGCUAUGAAAUCUUACCCACCCUCUAUCUUCCCUAUCUUUAUCUCUAUAACAUUAGUAUAUACAGUUCUAAUGAAAACUGCUCUGGAGUAAUAAAUUAACUGUCUGUCAUAUUGUGUGGAAAUUAUAUAUAUAUAUAUAUAUAUAUAUAUAUAGACACACACACAUGAAAAUCAAUGGAUGAUACCCAUUCUCUGCAGUACUACUUGAGUCAGUGAAGCAGCUUUUAUUUAGUCGCUUGAUCUGUUAGAAACAGUAGCCAAAUCCCCCCCCCCUCAACUCCACUGUACUAUCAUAAAUAAAAGAAGUACACAUUAGAUAAUGUACUUUUGGAUAUGUUGUCUGAAUAUAAGGUGAGGUAGUCAUGGCUAGAAUACAUUGAUCAUAGGUGACCUGGACACUGUUGUAGUAAAUAACAUACAUUAUUACUCUAAAUAAAUGUUUAUUAAAUGGUUAUAUAUUUUCUAAUAAGUUGAUUUAUUGAGAAAAUUUUAUUUCCUGGAAUCUGUUAUUUGGUCCAUUUAAUUACACAUUUUUUUUUUCACCCUGUUGUUUUAGUUUUGACAGACUGAAGUUUCACAACAAAACAUCUUUGUCUUCUUUUGAAUACUAGCAAAUAUAUAUAUGCUUAGGUCUAUAAUGAACCUUGGGACUCAUAAGGUCAAGCUUAAUCCAGUUUCCUUGGUUUAUAAGUGACUGAAAUGAUAACACUCCACUGCACCCCCUGAAUGGAGUGCCAGUCCAUCACAAGGUUAACUUCCCAGCUAUUGGUUGAACUCAUUUACAGUUGAGUGAACUGGAGCAGUGUGAAAUAAAAUGGUUUGCUCAAGAACACUAUACGUUGCCUGGUUCAGGAAUCAAAACCACAAUUUUAUAAUUGAGUGUAGCACCCUAACUAGGUCUUGGGCCUUUUUACAAUCAUACAUACUGUUGUUAAACUUUCACUCUUUUGAUACCAACCUGUCUGAGACCACCCCAGGUUCUAUCUCAUAAUGUUUUAAAGUGGUCCAAAUUUUUUAUCUUCCAUCAAAAUUUUGUGCUAAUUCGUUCCAGACCCCUGCUUAAUAAUGAGAAAAUUAUUUUGUUAAAUACUUCAUUAUUUUAGAAAUGAAUUGAAACAAAGGCAGUGUAUGUUGACAAAAAUAUGGUAAGGCAAGGAUUAAAUGUUCUUGGGGGUGGAAUAUCUGAAAGUGUGAGAAUGAUUUAAAUUUUAUGGAAUAUAAAUUCUGCUACAAAAGCAAGAAGAGUGUUUAAAGCUAACAAAAGCAUUGGCAAUCUUUUAUUAUAAAGUCACCAUUGUUUCACUCCAUUCAAGUUCGACAGUUUGCUGGGGUUUUUUUUUAAUCCUGGGGAGCUGCAGUUAGCUUAAUGUGGUAAUGUCCAAAAGAAUCAUUAUCAUCAUCAUCAACUCCUGGGCAUCACUGUUUCGAGUCCUCAAACUCAUAGGGCUGGUUACCUGGUUUUCAUGGUGUAAAAGUAACCAAGAUCACAAUAUUUUCCCUUGAACAGGAUGCCAGUCCAUUGCAGGGUUACUCAAUCACAGCUCAGUGGACUGGAACAAUGUGAAAUGAAAUGUUUUGCUCAAGAAUACAAUACACUGCCCAGUUCUGGAAUCGAAACCAUGGUCUUGUGAUUGUAAGUAGAAUACCCUAAGCACUAGGCCACGUGCCUUUGUUCCAAAAAGUUGCUGGAAUCUUAACCAUACUUUAUUACUUGUAUGUCCAGAAAAUUUUCUAUUGUGCAAUGGUGUGAUUUUUCUGUCAUGUGGCUCAAAGCAGAUCAUUUAAGGCAUUUUUGUUUGUGAUUGUUAUAUAACCAAGUACAGUUGGAAUAAUUUCUCAUUCAGUGAUAUAGGUAUAGGCUUGCAUGCUAUUUUCAUGUAUUAUAAACUUGUCUUCAGUGCUCUGUCAAAAGUAAUUAUUAUAAUAAUAAUAAUAAUAAUAAUGGUGGUUUCUUUUAUUUUUUACAAUAAUGGUUUCUGUUGUGAUAAUACUGUUCAUAGGGCAACCGUUUUAUAGAAUUUUAUACUGUAGCUUUUAAAUGGAUUUGAUCUUUUCUUUUUGUUACAUAUAUAUUUAAACAGUUUACUUAUCAUUUCAUGUGGAAGUCUCCAAAAAGAUUCUAUGAUUUUAGUAAAAUCAGUUGUUUUAGGUAAUAUUCUUUAUGACAAGGGGAAAAAAUUGGUAACAGAACUCAUGCCCUCUCAAUUUAUUAUCUUUUCUGUCAUAUUUUGGACUCUAAGGUUCUCUGACAUGACAGCUUCAUCAUGCUUCAGUAAUGUUUUGGUGUUUAGGGUAUAGUAUGUUGAAAAGGUUUGAUUCCAUGAGUAAGUGGUUAACAUUGGAAUGUUGAUCAUCCACCUGAAGACAUGAUACUGUUUAUGGAAGGAAUGAUCUUCACUCGGGGAACAUUUUAAUUGGUCAAAAGUUCACGACAUCAGAUGAACAUUUUAGAUGGUGAACAUGUUUACCAGACAACUGUGCCAUCGUUCAUGAAAGUGUAAAGGAAAAGUUUUAUACAUGCUGCAUUAUUUAUUAUCAUUGAUGGAUGGUAUGGUGAGGCAAUAACCCCUUGUUAAUUGACAUGUUUGUGAGUCUGUGACCAAGUUAGAAUCCACUUCACUUAUAUCCUUGGGAAAGGCAUAAACAUCACAACUUCCAAUUCCCCAUUCAUAUAAAUUUGAGGCUUGUUACCUAUGUAAAAAAAAAAAAAAAAAAAAAACCCUCAUUAUUUUGUAAGCAUCGGUUACCAAUGUUGGUAGAGAAUUGUUUUCUUGCUUCGGCCAUGGCAACUGGGAAACACUGAAGCAGCCAAAUCUGUGUAUAUAUUUUUCUCUUCUUACUUUUAGAGUAUACAAGACUUUUUUUUUUUUGUGGGUGGGAUUAGGAAAUAGAUUCUAUCUCUAGCUACCUGCUCCACAUUAUUUUCUCUCUUCUAACAUAUUAUUGCAUAAUUGAAAGUGGGGUUAGAUAAGACUUACUGGGCAGAAGUAUGGUAAAGUACACACAUGCAUAUCCAAUAUAUCUUGUAUGUACAGUUAGAUGUGUGAGUUUAGCAGUCCAUGUAGAGUUUCAUCAUCCAGUCUUCUUCCAGUAUAGUGGUGUGGUUUACUACUGUACUGUUAGUAGUAUUUCUGGUUAUGAUAAACAGAGUAAUCAUAUUUUCUCAUAUAAAAUGUAUGUAUGCGUACAUACUCUCUGUCUCUCUCUCUCUCUAUAUUCUUCUGGUUUUCAGUACAGUGUAGGAAAAUGAAUAUUUUUGCUGAAUGAAAUCUUUGUACAUUCCAAAGUGGAGAGUCAAUGCCUGAGACUGGACACUUUGCACCAUCCUAUUUUGUUGUCUCAUGAUUCUGAGUUCAACUUUCACUGUCUCAACUUAAUCCUGUCAUCUCAUGGUUGAGUAGAAAGUGGCAGGGAUAGCGUCUAGAAUAAAUUUAUUCCAACAAAAUUAUUAAAAUGUGAAAUUUUCCAUAUGCCUAGCCACAAAUGAAGCAAGGAAAACCAGGGGAGGUCACUCUUCCCUUAAAGAGUAGCCUUUAAACUGGAUACUGACUUGUUGGCUAAUUUUCAUUUUAAAUUGAGAUAGACAGGCAUAGGGAGACAUUUAUAUAAAGAUGUACUCAAUUCUAGUUACUUACAGAAAUUGAGACAACUGAUAUAAAGUCACCAGACCAUUUGGUUAUUGACUGGUAAUAAUAUUCAGGUACAUCUGCUGAAAUGUUAGUUGUCUUCUUUCUUAAUACACUUGAUUUGGCUCUUGGCAGAAGAGUUUAGAUGUAGCAGAUUUUUAUACAAAGUGACUCCUCCAUAGGAUAUUACAUCCAGGAGUGAGGAGAAGAGACUGGCUGCUUCAGUGGCCCUUUGCUUUGUUGUUGCUAUUGCCGCCGUCCAAUGUUUUGAGACUGUUUGUUGAGUGGUCAAGUAUCAGAUCAAUCUGAAUGAAGUUAUGUACAAUAAUAAUAAUAAUAAUAAUAAUGUAAAUACAGAUGGAAACAACAGAUUGAACAGAAUAAUAAAUAUACAUCCACUUU